AUGUCCAGCACCAACGUAGUCCCGCUCAUCAUUGAUAAUGAGUCGGUUUUGACCGAUAUCAAGUUCCCAGUCUAUGGCCCCGCAACGGGAGAGACCAGCUACUCCGCCGGUGCAUCGGUCAAGGAUGCCGAGCGUGCUGUUAAUUCUGCACAAGCUGCCUUCCCCGCUUGGGCGCAGAUGAAGCCCUAUGACCGCCGGGAUAUCUUGCUCAAGGCUGCUGAGAUCAUGCUUGAGCGCAAGGAGGAGCUCAUCCGGAUUCAAUACGAGGAGACUGGUGCAGCGCGACUUUUCUCGGAGCACACCGUCAAACUUGGUGCUAGCUUCAUCAAAGACUUUGCCGCUUGUAUUCCUGCCAUUGAGGGCGUUGUCCCUAGCUGCACUCUAGACGGUGUGGGUGCUAUGGUAUUCAAGCAGCCAUACGGUGUCAUUCUAUCUAUCGCACCAUGGAAUGCGCCGUUCGUUCUGGGCACUCGCGCCAUUGCUAUCCCACUUGCGGCUGGUAAUACCGUCGUAUUGAAGGGCUCUGAGCUAUCACCUCGGUGUUUCUGGGCCCUCGGAGAUAUUUUCCGACAGGCUGGUUUGCCUGCAGGGUGUUUGAACGUCAUUUACCACCAGAAUUCGGACGCACCGGCAAUUACCACUGCCCUGAUUGCGCAUACCGCUGUGCGCAAGGUUAACUUCACUGGUAGUACGCAUGUUGGCUCGAUCAUUGCCUCCACAGCUGGAAAAUACAUCAAGCCAGUGCUACUGGAGCUGGGAGGAAAGGCGUCAGCGAUUGUUUUGGAUGACGCAGACCUGGAUAAGGCUGCUCACAACUGCACUAUGGGAGCACUCUUGAACUCUGGCCAAAUCUGCAUGUCCACCGAGCGCAUCGUUGUCCAGCGCAGCGUCGCAGACCAAUUCAAGCAAAAGCUAGCUGAGUCAGCUGAGAAGAUUUUCGGCAAGAGCGCGCCAGUCCUGGUCUUGGUGAAUGAGGCAGCCGUGACGAAGAUUAAGAAGCUUGUGGCGAAUGCCGUGUCACAGGGUGCAGAGGUAUUACUCGGUGAUGCAGACGCCAGCGAGGCUCACGGUGCACACAUGCGAUCGAUCAUUCUCUCCAACGUCACCAAAGACAUGGAUAUCUAUGCGACAGAGUCAUUUGGACCGACUGCCUCGCUGAUCGUGGUCGACACUGAGGAGGAAGCCGUGGCGGUAGCGAAUGACACUGAAUACGGUCUGACCGCAGCCGUGUUUACGAGCAAUCUGUUCCGCGGCCUGAGGGUUGCCAAGAAAAUUGAGUCUGGGGCUGUUCACAUUAACUCUCUUACCGUGCAUGAUGAGCCUGUUCUACCUCACGGUGGGUGGAAGAAGAGUGGAUUUGGACGCUUCGGUGGUGGUGUCGGUGGCUACGAAGAAUUCCUGCAGACCAAGACGGUUACCUGGAUGGAUUAA